AUGACCAUGGCUCCCCAGACAACGGCCCUCGAGAUCUCAAUCGACGACACCAUACGGAUCGUCAAACACACCAAGUACGGUGUGUGGGAUUUCUUCGAGGAAGACGACCCCAGCGAACAUGCCACGAUGUUCUCGGAGUUUCGCGUCAAGGCGAGGGCAAUGAUGAACUCCGCGCCAUACGUGUGGCGGGCACUCCGUGAGGUCCUUUCCAUCCCUGGAUGUAAAGGCCUCGUCUUCCUCUACACCGGAUCUAAUCUCGUCAAGUCACUAGUACCCGCCGUAUCGAUCUGGUUCCAAGGACAGCUGAUCCGUCUGAUGGAGACCGCGAUCGAGACAGGCCACAUCGACACCGACUACCUUUACUUUCUCUGCGCUGGCCGAGUCGCCUGCAGUGUCGCAUCUGAUCUGCUUUCGCACCUCUCCCAUCGUUUCAGGGAGUCCCUGAACUUGCACAUCCAACGCACCUUCGCGCUCCGCACCUUCUCCGCCUACGCCCGCCUCGACGUCCCAACGUUCGAGCGCCCGGACGUCACGCAACGCCUCGGCGGGUCGAUCGCGGGCAGGAUGCAUCGGAGCCCGCCCAUAUGGACGCCCAUCGACACGAUGAUAGGCUUGUUCGGGACGUUCACACAGGCCGGAUCGCAGCUGGCCGUCCUGUUCAAUGCGCUGCGCGGCCGGGGAGACAGCGCGAAAGCUGCCGCGGCCGUAGCCCUUGCCGCGGAGUUGAUGCCUCUCGCUGUGCUGCGCUCCGGCAUGUUUUCGAGUCGGAAAGCGUCGGCCGUCACGAGCCAUGAUCCAGACUACAUCAAGGUUCAAGGCUGGAAGCACAUCGUGGGGCACAAGACGUAUAGAAAAGAGCUCGUCGCCGGUAAUCUCGCGCCGUUUGCGAUCGAAGAGUAUCGGGCAGCCACGGAACGGCUGGGAGACGCGGGCGAUGUGUCGUGGAACGAAGUCCAAACUAAGCGGAGGGGAGCUUGGAGAACAAUUUUUUCGACAAAGCACCUCUUCACCAAUCUUCCGCAGAUUGCGUUCACGCUGCACGCAGCGCGUGACCCUAGACACAUGGCGGAGGCACUGGCGUCGCUUCACCUUGUGCAAACAUCCGCUCAGGCCUUGUCGUCCUCUAUUGGAAGAGCAUUCCAUGCUGCGAAUACGAUUGGAGGGUCUCUCAGCGCGCUCCGAGAUGCGUAUGAAGGAGGUGACAUUGAGAACAUCGUUCCUGAUGGCACUGUAGCCUUCUCACCCUCAUCCGACUUACCAACUUCUUCCGGCGUGCACAUUGAGUUCCGGAAUGUGUCCUUCAAGUACCCCGGGACGGACAACUACGCGCUGAAAGACGUGUCAUUCACUUUGCUACAAGGCCAACUUUGCGUCAUUGUGGGCGCGAACGGCGCGGGGAAGAGCACGAUUCUGAAGCUCAUAUUGCGCCUUUACGAUCCUAACGAGGGCACCAUUCUCCUCGACGGCUUCGAUAUUCGCACCUUUAAGCUCAGCGACGUCCGGCGGGCGAUGACCGUCCUCUUCCAGGACUACAGCCAUUUCCCGCUCUCGGUCCGAGACAACAUCGCCUUAGGGUACCCCGACGGAGCCAGCACGGACGAACAAGUACGCGAAGCGGCUGCCCUCGGCGGAGCCGCCGAGCUCAUCGAAUCACUCCCGCGAGGUUACAACGCGUACCUCCGCUCCCACGUCCCAUCAAUGAUCAGCGCGCCGGGCUCAGGCUCCCGUUCGCUGUCGGGCAAACCGUUCGACAGCAAGGCGGUCGCCAAAGCAGCCAAUAUCGCUUCUAGCGUGGGCCGGGAUCUGAGCGGGGGUCAGAUGCAGAGACUCGCGAUCGCGAGGACGUUCAUGCGCUCCGUCCGCGCGGAGUCGCAAGUGGGGCUUUUGCUCUUCGACGAGCCCAGCGCGUCGCUGGACCCGAUUGCGGAGCACGAGUUGUUCACGCGCCUGCGCGAGUUUCGCGGCCAGAAGACGAUGGUGUUUUCCUCGCAUCGCUUCGGCAAGCUCACGCGCCACGCAGACCUAAUCUUGUACAUGAACGCUUCCGGACUCGUAGAGUCAGGUGGACAUGACGUGCUUCUCGAGCGCGACGCAGACUACGCUCGUCUGUGGAAGAUGCAGGCGGAGGCAUUUUUGUAA